AUGCUCGGCCCUCCUAUCAAUCUGCCUAAAUGGCUGAGUGAGAACUCUCACCUUCUGCAGCCGCCCAUCAACAACUACUGCGUGUACAACGAGGACUUUACCGUCAUGAUUGUGGGCGGGCCCAACGCCCGGACCGACUACCACAUCAACGAGACCCCCGAGUACUUCUACCAGUACAAGGGCGCCAUGAUGCUCAAGGUCGUCGACGAGGGCAAGUUCCGGGACAUCAUCAUCCGCGAGGGCGACAUGUUCCUCCUCCCCGGCAACACGCCCCACAACCCCGUCCGCUUCGCCCACACGGUCGGCCUCGUCAUCGAGCAGAGGCGGCCCCCCGAGUCCAUCGACCGACUGCGCUGGUACUGCCGCCGCUGCGGCGAGGUCGUCGACGAGGCGGCCUUUCACUGCACAGACCUCGGCACCCAGAUCAAGCAGGCUGUCAACGCCUUCAAGGAAGACCAGGAGAAGAGGAUAUGCAAGAAGUGUGGUGAGGUGGCGGAUGCCGCCCCCAAGCCUGGGUCCAUCCAAGAUCCCAACCUCGAGUGA